CUAGGAGGCGGGGUCCUUGGAGACGCACCUCUGGAGAACCUGUUGCCCUUCAUGCGGAUUAUGUCCCCCACAUGCUGGAAGAACAGGACAUCAUCAUUGUGUCUUGUCAGGAUGAAAAAGGGUGAACUUUUAUUCAUACGAGGACUGGAUUACAAGUGAAAAUAAAAGGACAUUACAAUGUGAUGGCGUCUUUUGCGUAAUUCCACCCCAACCGUGUCAGACGGUGGGCAGACAAUGAGAAAAAAGUGACUGACAAGUGAUGGAGGUCGCCGGUCAAGUGGAGCCCACCCAGCCGGUGAACGCCUCCAACCUCAGCCUGCCGGAGGAUGCGUCCGAGGCGGGCUCAGGCGCGCACAGCCUCGCCUACCAGAUCAGCUUGGCGUCUUUGCUGUCCGCCAUCACUCUGGCCACCAGCCUCUCCAACGCCUUCGUCAUCGCCACCAUCUCUCAGUCUAAGAAGCUCCAGACGCCAGCCAACUUCCUCAUCGCCUCCCUGGCUGUCACCGACCUGCUGGUGUCCAUUCUGGUCAUGCCCGUGUGCGUCCUCUAUACGGUCAUCCACGAGUGGACGCUGGGUCAGGUGGUUUGCGACAUCUGGCUCUCGUCGGAUAUCACCUGCUGCACGGCGUCCAUCCUUCACUUGUGCGUCAUCGCCUUGGACCGCUACUGGGCCAUCACGGACGCUGUGGAGUACUCCAAGAAGCGCACGCCCGGACGCGCGGCUGGCAUGGUGGCCACCGCCUGGGUGAUCGCUAUCUCCAUCUCGCUUCCUCCCCUCUUCUGGAGGCAGGUGAAAGCGGAUGAGUUGACAAGCUGCAGCGUCAACACGGACCACAUCUUUUACACUAUCUACUCCACCUUCGGCGCCUUUUACAUCCCCACUUUGCUGCUCAUCGUCCUCUACGGGCGCAUCUACGUGGAGGCACGCAAGCGCAUCCUUAAGCAGUCCCCUAAGCGGAAGAAGAAAAAGACGCCUGGCAAGAGGCUCACCUCGGCGUACUUGGCAACAGGCUCCCCUGGCUCCAACGCCUCCACCAGCCCCUUACAAGGGGGGAGGCUGCAGGAUGCUCCGUCCAGCGACACUAACUCGUCCACCAGCGAGAACCAGGUGAAGGUCACACUGUCUGACGCUGCUCUGGAGAAAAAGCGCAUCUCUGCAGCCAGGGAGAGGAAGGCCACCAAGACUUUGGGUAUCAUCCUGGGGGCUUACAUCAUCUGCUGGCUGCCCUUCUUCAUCUACACGCUGGUGGUGGCCACAUGUGACAGCUGUGUCAUCCCCGAGCUCUUUGACUUCUUCACCUGGCUGGGCUACCUGAACUCCCUCAUCAACCCCAUCAUUUACACCAUGUCCAACGAGGACUUCAAGAAGGCUUUCCACAAACUGGUGCGCUUCAGGUGCUGCAGGGGGUGAUUCUUGCAGUUGUUUUCAUUUAUUAAAAAUGUGAAUAAGAUGAUGCCAUAAAUAACAUUUGAAAGCCAUGAGUGUGGAAAACCUAAGGGCAAAAGUCCAGUAUUUGAUUCAAUCUCCUAUAUUAGAUAUGACUGUGCUAAAAAAAAAAAAAAGAAGAAUCAAGAUAAACCAUUGCAACAAUACUUGCAUAAUCUAAUGACAUCCAGUGCAAGAGGUAAUAUAAGAAUGUUUUUGCUGUGAUAUCAUGGUAUUCAUUUAAAAGGGUUAAAGGCUUUUUCUGUUAUUUUGAUGCCUCAUGUCGCUACCACAGCAAGACGUGUAUUUUUGAAAUGAAUACAAAAAAAUUACUAUAUUACAAAAGUGCAGAAUUCUUAUUUUUUAAAUGUAUUAUGUAUUUUUUUAUUAUUUGUUUUAUUUAUUUAAUAUUUUUUUCAUGCAGCUGUUGUAUUGAAUCUCAUUAGAUUAUUUUAUUAUUAUUUUAUUUAUUAUUUAUUCAAUUUUCUAGUAAUUUAUUAUUUUAUUAUGUAUUAUUUUGUAGUCUUUAAUACAGCUCUUGUAUUGCAUCUCAUCAGAUGAUUUAUUUUGAUCGGACUAUGUAACAUUUUAUUACCAUUUAACAUCAUUUUAUUUAUUUAUUUUUUAAAAUAGCUCUUGCAUUGGAUCCAUUUAGAUUAUCAUUGAAAAUGCAGCAUUAGAUUUUGUAUGUUUUAUAGUAAUACAACUAAAUGAACUAAAAAUGGCGUUGAAUGAUGGAAAUUUCGUUUUUAUCCCAUUUAUUCAUUAAUUUCCCCCUGAUGAAGCUGUUGUAUCGGAUCCCAUUAGAAUGUGCAAGUAGCCUGUCGGUCAUCAUAAACCUUUGCACAAUUGUGACUCAUGCAGAUGUACGUGUGUUCGUAUAGUUUGGAGAAUUGAUCACCUUUGAUGUCAUGGUUCAGCUUCUUAUGGUUUAAUAUGUCACACGGCUGGAAAAAAAAAGUGUUCAAUGAAAGAUUCAUGCUGUGUGUGCUGCUAUCGACUGUGCGUGUGUGCGUUGACUGCUGUUUGACCCUCACACGCGAACAUUCAUCUCGUUCCUCUCAGAGAUGCUGUGCAAUAAAGACUUUCAAGUA